AUGUUCUGCGGUGAGUGCAAGAGUGGCACCAACGGCGACGGAGGCAGCGGCGACGGAGGCAGCUGUGACAGGGGCAGCGCCGGCGGAGGCAGCGGCGACGGAGGCAGCAGCGGCGGGGACAGCGGCAGCGGAGGCAGCGGCGGCGGAGGCAGCGGCGACGGAGGCAACGGCGGCGGGGAUAGCGGCGGCAAGGGCAGCGGCGACGGAGGCAGCGGCGGCGAGGACAGCUGCGACGGGGGCAGCGGCGACGGAGUUAGCUUCGGGAGUAGAGGAGGCGAAGGAGGCGUAAAGACGAGGUUUCUGAAGAGGAACAUUGGAAUGAUCUUCUAUUGA